CUUUUCUAGUCAGUCACAUGCAGGCUGCACCUUGUGAUUGGUACACUGUUCAGCCAUCAACCCUGUUUGUUACUUCAGAGAAGUCCGAUCUGAGCAAUCCGCAGCUUGGCAUAUGCCGCGGUGACACCAAUUCGCUCAUCGUCAACUGAACUGCACGUAUCUCCCUGGGCAGGGGAUCGAAGAAACUCUUUUUUCGUACUAGAACAGUGAUUAAUGACGCAGCUGUAGAUCUGAUGUAUUGGGCUAUAAACCACGGACACAGGUGUAGUUCCCUGAACUCAUUCAAUUCUUCAUCACAUUCACCAGUCCUGGCCGUUGACACGUUCCUAGGCUGUAACGGUCCAGUACUUCCUCGAUCUUUGUCCAGCUUUGAACGCAAUGUCUUACUUGGAAGGUACAAGCGCCCAGGAUAUCUUCCAGGAGAUAGAAGCUCUUCAGGAGAGCAUUCACAAUCUCUCACUUGUCGAUGAUCAACCCCAAAGGCAGGCACUUCUCAGCUCAGCCCGCAAGCUAGUGAGCGCACUAGAAACACCUGGCCAUUUGGUCGCUCGAAUGAGUUGGGACGAGCCAACUGUAUCUGCAGCCUUGCGAAUCUUGAUCGACCUCGACGUCUUCAAGUUGAUGCUAGAAAGCGGGGCCACGAUUCCUAAGCAGGCGUGUCAGCUCGCGGAGAUGACUGGAGCUGAUCCUGCCCUGGUUCAAAGACUGUUGAAACGAGUGGCCUCUUCGUCUCCACCACUGGUCGAGGAGAUCGGUUCGCACGAAUACAUACCCAACAGAUGGACCCGAGCGUUUGCAGAUGAAGUGAAUACUGGCGCCUUCACCGAUGUAUAUGAUGGAUGGACAUCUGCGUGUUCAAAGGUGGUAGAGUUCAUGAGGAAGACGAACUAUAAAAAUCCAAGCGAUAAGGACAAUACGGCCUGGAAGUUCGGCACAGGUAUCGAUUUGCCAUACUUUACCUGGUUGCAAACCCAACAAGACCGACAGCGCGCCUUUGCCAAUCACAUGAAAUUCAAGUCGUCCCAUCAGAGGUGGUACAACACGGUCCCUCUCAGCGAAAUCUUCCCAGCCGACUUGGACCCUCAAAGUGUGCUGAUGGUUGAUGUCGGCGGCAAUGCGGGCCACGACAUUCUAGGAUUUCACCAAGCACACCCUACGCAGCCGGGACGACUAAUCCUGCAAGACCUGCCAGGCCAGAUCCAGCCACUCGACACACAGGCACUCGCCCCGGUUGAGCUGAUGUGCCAUGACUUCUUCACUCCUCAGCCUAUCAAGGGCGCCAAGGCGUAUUACUUGAAGAUGGUCCUACAUGACUGGCCAGAUGAACAGUGCAGAGUAAUCUUGAAUAACUUGAAACCCGCUCUCAUUCCAGAUCAUAGCCGGAUCUUGAUCAAUGAGAUUGUGGUCCUAGACCGGGGUGCAGACUCCUUCUCGACAAGUGUCGACAUGCUGAUGAUGCUCAUCCACUCGUCAUGGGAAAGGCAAGAGAGGCAAUGGCGAGAGCUGGUUGAGAGUGUUGGGCUGAGGGUAUCUCGGAUCUGGCCUUGUGGAGGUGCGCCAGAGAAGCUGAUUGAGGUCCAGCUAGCCUGAUGGUGACGUUGAGUACAAGUGUGACGACAUGGUUCAGGUUGAUAGUAUUAAAGGCUGAUGGUAAAAACGCCGGGCCGUUCCAAAGUUGGGGAGGGGACUGACUACCUGGGUAGUCUUUGUUCACUACUUGAAAAGCGUAUGUUAUUCUUUCUGCCACGGUUUCUAUAUGCCCGCUCAAAACAAAAUUAAUUCUGUGAUACCUGUUGCCUGAGGUCGUGUUGUCUUUCCACGGUCUAUAUUUGCCAUCCUAUCAGACAUGCCGCAGAAUAUAGAGCACUUAUUUGGCGGCUCUCCAGUACGGCUCUCCCCACCGUCGAAACAUCUCGCCGAAUAGCAAGUGAAGUGCGAGUUUACCCUCUGUAUUCGGCGACAACGUAAGUCCUCCUGUCUCUCGUGCCAGCCUUGUCAUAUCCCAGCCUCUGUUGCGUUGUCCCGCAGACAGUGCGUCCUCCUUUGGGUCCGCAAAGGGAUCUGCCACGGACACGAUCUCGAAGCGCUCAGUUCUCCGGCCGCUGCCCUGCUGGGGCGAGGCGGUUGGUUGCGUCGAGUCAGUCAGAAUCGAAUUGAUCCGGAUGCCAUUGGCCUUGCAAGCCUGGCAUAUGGAGGCCGGGUCGCCUCUGCACGGGACCUCGUCAGUUCCUAUAAGCAGCACCUCUAGCUCUGCGCAUUCUGCGGCGUUGCGCUUGACCAGCCUCGAGGCCGCGUCGAGGACGUCGCACCAGUCCUCGCAGUCCUCGCGGAUACACUGCUCCGCGAGCUUCGGGCUGUUCGACUGCAGGAGUCGCCGGCCGGAGAAGUUGACAGUCAUUAUACACCCACGCCCUUGCACGUCCCGUAGAUAGUCAAGGACUCCGGAACAAAUCGCAAGGCUCUUCAUCGUUCUGUCUUGGGAGACCGGGCUGAGUCCGAGGCAAAUGACGAUUGCUGCUCUUGGCAGACUUGGAUCUUCCAUCUUGGCUCGUGGAGACGCUCCCGGAUGCUCGGUAUCGGCGUGACGACUUGACCAGGGGUUUUGCACGAUGAUAAGUGUCAAAAGAGCGACGUGGGUGGAUCCAAGAAACGAAACUGUCUGCUGGCUCGCAGCACGUAAAGUAUGCACCAGUCAACUGGUUGAUGUCGGCGGUUUUUGACGCCUCAGUAUCUGAACAACGCCGCCCAGAGCUUCUCGCGAAUCUAGCAGGAGCAUCUCACAAAAAUGUGAGGAGACAAUUGAUCAGGUAUACUCGCACCAAGCAGCAGUCCAAGUUUCGGUACAGUCUCGGCACGAAUUGCCAGAUGUCAUCAUGCACGCAAGGUGAGAGUUUCGAUCAGCUUUCAAGGGUCACCUCGCAUGUCUCAGGUCCGCCUAAUGUCGAA